UCUGUAACCGUUCACCUCCACCUCGACUUCCAAAGGUAUCAAGCACCUACCUACCUUCAACGACAACUUGAUGUAACCUCGUAUCGUCAACUCAUUACCCCCACGCUGCUCACACUACUACUGUACCUCUUCCUCUUGCAAGCCGAUCAAAGCAAGCAAGACGUAGUCGAUCUCGCCACGAAACGACACGACCGGGUGACUUUGUUGCCUGUUGACUUACGACGAGGACGGGUGAUACGUGAUCAUCUCUCAGACUCCCUCUCACGGAUUGGUACACGACUGUAACCCCUACAAAAGGGACGGAUAGCAGUCUAACGAGAUACACGGUCACACUACCGAUCCAGUUUGACACUUUGCACCGGUGGCCCCCGCUGCUCGAUCAUGCCGAACACGGACUCGGAUACUAAACUGGAGGAGACGACUGCAACCCGAACACCUUCCGAUUCGAUGACGAGCUCUAGAAUGUCGGACGAAUCAACUGCACCUACACCUACCUCGAUUUCCACUUCGGAGGGACCUGAAAUUGGAUCAUCGCAGACGAGCCAGGGUAUACAGGUACAAGAGAGUUCGAUCGGGUCUUCUUCAUCUGAUGUACCGGAAAGUGGAAGUGGAAGAGGGAGAAGAGCGAGUCAGCUGGGGUCGUUGACGAGGAGCGGGUUAGGGAUGGCUCCUAGACGAGAAAGCGACCAACUCGACACGCAUCACGCAACAGAGGUCAACAGGGCCUCCAUCUCGCCUACUUCUUCUUCUCCAGAAACUCCCGCAAGAGGACAAAGACAGGCAUCGAUCCCAUCCUCCAGUUCAUAUGGACACGGAUCGAUCCAUAAGAGUUCCUUGAGGAGAAGCUUUGAUACGAAUACGAGUUCGAGCUCGAGCUUGAGGUUCGGGCCGCAGGCUGGGUUGCCUUCCUCGUCAUCAUCGUCAUCAUCGUCCUCUUCGUCGGGGUUUACGUUCGGAGCAAGCCCAGCACCGGUGCCAGGAUCAGGAUCAAUCUCAGGACCGGGAUUAUCAUCCGACCUGCGCAACAAUCUUUCCAGCUUUAAAUUCGGCUCGAUGGGCAAUGAUACGGUCUUGAGUACUCCUUCGGCGGAAUUAGGGCCGUUCGAGUAUCCCGUCAACCCGGAUGUUGUGGAAAAGGAGGAAGAAGGCGGGGAGGCGCAUAGACGGAGUUCGGGGAGUAGCUCGUUGUUGAACGACAACAGUAACGAGUGGAGGUACAAUUAUGGUCAUGGUCACGGUCAUACCGUGCAAUCCGGGUUGGGGCUCCCAGCGAGAGGAUUAGCGGAAGAGGCUGUUGCGGCCGGAUCGGGGAUUGGAAGGUUGAGGAGGAUGUCGACUAUGAACCAGGUGGUCUCGAUGCAGCCCGAGGUCAGGAGGCCAAGUGUGGUGCAUAGUAAUACGGACCCGUUGGUUGAUGUGGUGGAUACCGCCACUUCUGUCGAAGUAGAAGAGCGACAGGAGGAGGAAGGUACGGACGCUGGUGAUCGGGAAGACGUUGCGGAGGGGGAUAUGGCCAAAGAGAGCUUGGCGCUGCAUAAACGUCGAGCCACACUGGACAAUAAUGGACAGGACACGUCAAGCCCCUCGUUAGGCCCUUUGACCCUCCCGCCAGGGUCUAUCUCGGCUGCAGCGCUGGGUACCGUCAACCUGAUCAACGCGAGGAGACAGAGUAUAUUGAGUUUCGGGCAGGGUGCGCCGGUGGAGACACCCGUCCCGCCCAGGCUGGCUGGAUUGCACGUCGGAACAGGGUCUCCUGCGAGGAUGCAAGGAGGGGCUCUUGUCGGCAAGGACGAACUCGGUUCGAUCUCGGCGUUACGGAGAGGGAGUCUGCCGGUCAACAACAUGCAGGGCGUCGAUAUGCUCGGUGCCAGUGGUAGAUCUCGCCAACAAUCUGUGGGGAUAACGUCGGUCGGAGCGUCUUCGUCGGCUUUCGCCAGAGCGUCGUUUUCGAGCUUCGCUGGACCGAUCGUAUCGAACCCAGGGACGAGGUACGAGCAGACGACCGUCUCGACACCGUACUUGUACAAUCGUCGGAAUUCGCUCGCACAUCAUUAUUCACUCGGCGGUGCCGUGCCAAGCACAAAAGGAGCAGGGCAAGCGCAACACGUUCGGCCGGGGUUACCUCCCUGGCAACCGAGGAGGAUGAGCACGAGCGAAGCUUCCGACGCUGGGAGGUCCGUCGGCGGUUCGUCUUCGACCUCGAGCAUGCGGACGAUCCGUGCGGAUAGAUUAGGGAGUGACGUCUCGACACCGAUGGGACUGGGCGAGGACCAGAACGCAGGCUACAACUUGAGCCCUGGUGCAGUAGAUGAAGGAUUAAGAAGGUCCAUGGAGACGUUUUCGUUCGGAACCGGAGGAGGAAGCAUACACCCGCCGCCUCGUAGCGAGAGUCCGACCGAUCUGGACCCCAUGUCAUCUGGUGAUGGAAGUCUUGUGGAAGCCACCGGCCCGUCGGCUUCGUUUUCGUUCGGCAGGACAUCGAUCUCCUCGUUGUCCCGCUCAUCGUCGAUCACCUCGAGUGAGCAGGCUCGAUCCCGACCGGGCUCUAUCAGCGCCGUCAGAGCCGGAUUCAGGUCCGGACGCAACGGAUCGAUCGGCACGGGUUCGGGUUCAGGUUCAGGUGCGGGUUCGAGAUCGAGCUCGAGAUCGGGCCACAGGGAACAGGAAGGUCAAGGCACUACUGGCGGGAGCCGAAGGUCAAGUGGAACGCUCGACCAAGAUGGGAUGCGAAGCCUGGAAUCGCAAGGAAGGUUAUCUGGUGGGCUUAGGUCAAUCCGGGCGGGGUUCCAGACCAUGCGAGACCAUGACGGGCACAUCAGAGCCAGAACUUCGAGCUCAUCAGCAGGCGAAGAGGCGGAACCGUCGGGACAGCGUUUGGGAUCAGACAGGGAGCUGGACGAUCAGGCAGAGGCAAGAGCGAGGAUGAUGAGCGCCGGCUCGAUAUCGAGUUCGGGCUCGGGCGGAGCAGGAUAUGACUCUCAAGUCAUCUGCUCAUCUUCCUCUUCGGCCUCGUCCGCCUCUUCCUCGUCGGGGGGAAGUAUCGACGGCUCGGGAUCUAGGCCGACAUAUGGAAUCAGAGGUACUCAGGGCGCAGGGUUUGGGCUGGAUAGGUUUGGCAGGAGGAAGUCUAGAGGCAGAUUUGGCUCUGCUUCAGCUUCGGCUUCCGCCUCUGCGCCUCGCUCGGGCGAACGAGCAGGAUUGCCUUGUCCUGUUCCGGAGAUUCCGCCGUUUCGAGGAGGAUUGGUCAUGAGUCCAUCCACUGCAGAGUCCACAAUUACGAGAUCGGGUGGGGGAUGGACCAGCGGAUCUUCAGGACCUUCUACCCCAAGCGUUGAAGAUGAUUACGAUUACAAGCACGAUCCACGCCAGAUUGACGAAGAGGACGAAGAUGUGGAUGCCCUGACCCCGAUGACCGAGUUGGACAAGGGCGAUGUUCAGGUGGUGCUCGGUCCGGCUCUGCCAAUCGAUGCGAAUCUCGAGACGGGGGACAAGAAAGAGGAGGAUGCUCAAGGUUUGCGGGACGAUGGGUUGUACAUUGUGUACGAGGGCGAGUAAAGCUUGCCAUGUAGGAUAUUAUUGAUAUACGAGAUGUCGAUGCUGCCAUAAUACAUAG